CCGAACCCACCUCCGCCCAGCGUGCCGCCCCGAACCCACCUCCACCCAGCGCGCCGCCGCCCGGAUCCCACCGCCACCCUGCGUGCCGCUGGCCCUAUCCUCCUCCUCCCAGGCACCUCCGCCACGAUCCCCCUCCUCCUAGUGUGCCUCCCAUCACCGCCCCCCGCCCCCAACUUGCCCUCGUGCAAGCCACCGCCGGCCACCUUCCUCCGGUGGUCAGUCCAGCUCCUGCAACCAACACAGGUCGUUACCCCCUUUGCCACAACGGCAGGAGCACAAAUACCAGUGUGGUCGUCCUCAACCAGUUCCUUCACGCGGCCUCCGCGCAAGCCCUGCUCAUAUUAUACACUAUACACAUGGUACUUUUACUGGGACCAGAGUAUUACUUCCAGGAUCCAAAAGGUGAAAAGAUCCCUCCAGAUCUCUGCAGUCUCUCAAGUUUAUUUCAUUCUUAUUCGUCCAGGAAGCAUGACAAGCACCACAAAAGGUCUCUCCCUCCCUUGGCUCCUUGCAUUCCCUUCUCCUUGCAGACCAGGCCGGGCGCUGGGCCAACCACUUCGUCUGUCUACCUCCUUCCCCGAGAAGUUACCCUAUUGCGGGCUGACCUGGAGGCGGCUCCUCCACAUCGACACAAUUGCACGACCAACGUGCUACUGACCACGCAAGCUUCCUCAAGGAGCUCGUGCCCAACGAUACUGAAAGGAAAAACUGCUCCAGUUUUGAACUUCUUAUCCAGUCAUGUUAUUACUAAGUGAAAAAUGGAAAGAAAGUGUAUUGCAAUUGAUCUCUCGUAGACCCUGUCAAUCCUCUAUUUAUCCUUUGUUUGCUUGUUUUUUGGCCUGUAAUUCAAGAACUUUGACCUUGAUAAUUCUGUUUUUGGUUAAUUUGUUAUGCCCAGUACAAACCAUUAAAUCUGAAGAGGCUUCUAAUGGCAAGAAAAUGUGCAGUCGGUGUGGUGUAUAUGUCAUUCAUGUAUGAAAAUGUCAGUUUCGUGUGUAUGUUAUUCAUGUACAUGUAUUAUAUGUGUGAAAUUUUUUUAUGUAUAUGAUGAGAUGAUUGCUACUUCUUCAAAGAAGGUAUAGUACAUGACAGCUUGAUGUGCAUACAAGAUUAAAAACUGGUUUGAAACAAAAAUAUUGAUCAGUACUAAUUAAAAAC